AUGGCACAGCACAGAGAGACUAAACAUGGACUGUAUGACAGAACUGAUACUGUUAUGGUCAAGAGAAGGAAGGUUGUUGGGCCCACCUUGCCAUCACUGUGUGAUACCAACAAACUGAGAGAUAAAGCGAGUGAUGAUAAUGGCAGCAUUGCUGCUCUUAAUCAUCAUAAUGAUAGUGAUCAGGAUAGCGACAACGAUGAGGAUCGCGAAGACGAGGAGGACGAUGAUAGCUACGGGCCCAGCCUGCCCCCCUUGGCUGCUUCUACCGCUCCAACCCAGCCUCAAGUUAUGGGACAUGAUACAUCCGAUGUUCGAACACAUGACCAGGCCGCUCAUGGCAAUGGUAUGAAACGAGAUGAGUGGAUGCUACAGCCCCCUCAAUCACCUGCCAUAUACGCGAAUCAUCUACCUACUAAGCUUGAGAACCGGAAAUUUCAAGGGGGCAAGUCCGCGAACAAACCACCAAAUGCCGGAGUGGAUGCAUCUUGGACAGAGACACCAGAGCAGAGAUUGAAGCGCCUGCAGGAUGAGGCAAUGGGCCUGUCGCCUACCAUUUUGAAGAAUGGGUGUGGUCCAGGCUCCAGAACUUCACGACGAGUAAUGGGAUUGGACCAGAACCCACGCCCGUGCAACCAUAACAAGUAA